UCGAUCGUAGUGUGGGUCUGUGUUCCGUCUGAGGCUAAUGCUGAUUGGCUGGUUCGAGCGCGUGGUCGCUGACAGCGCUGUCCUGUCCGGUCUCUCAUUGGAGGUUUGAGCGUCACUCAUCCCGGUGGAUCAGAGAGCUUUGCUAACCGCCAAGAUGAAGCACUACGAGGUGGAGAUCCUGGAUGCCAAGACCAAGGAGAAGCUCUGUUUCCUGGACAAGGUCGAGCCCAAUGCCACCAUCGGUGAGAUCAAGUCCAUGUUCCACAGAACCCAUCCUCAGUGGUACCCAGCCAGACAGUCCAUCCGUCUUGACCCGAAGGGGAAGUCUCUAAAGGACGAGGAUGUUCUGCAGCAUCUUCCAGUGGGAACCACAGCAACGUUCUACUUCAGGGACUUGGGGGCUCAGAUCAGCUGGGUUACAGUUUUUCUGACAGAGUACACCGGCCCUCUGGUCAUCUAUCUGCUCUUCUACUUCAGAGUUCCCUUCAUCUAUGCGGCCAAAUACGACUUCACCACCAGUAAACACUGGGUUGUUCAUCUGGCGUGUAUGUGUCACUCCUUCCACUACAUGAAGAGGCUACUGGAGACCCUGUUUGUGCAUCGCUUCUCUCAUGGAACGAUGCCCCUACGGAACAUUUUUAAGAACUGUACCUACUACUGGGGCUUUGCAGCGUGGAUGGCUUACUACAUCAACCACCCCUUAUAUACCCCCCCCAUCUACGGCGAGCAGCAGAUCCGAUUGGCCCUCAUCCUUUUCUUGUUCUGUCAGAUUGGCAACUUUUCCAUCCACAUUGCUCUGCGGAACCUCCGUCCACCAGGUUCUAAGACCAGAAAGAUUCCUUAUCCGACCAAGAACCCCUUCACCUGGAUCUCCCUGCUGGUGUCCUGCCCAAACUACACCUAUGAGUUGGGCUCCUGGCUGGGCUUCACCCUGAUGACCCAGUGUCUCCCGGUGGCCUUCUUCACUCUGGUGGGGUUCAUCCAGAUGACGGUUUGGGCCAAAGGGAAGCACCGCAGCUACCUGAAGGAGUUUCGAGACUACCCUCCUCUCCGCUCUCCCAUCAUCCCGUUCAUCCUGUAGCUCUCCUGCGUCUGAAACGCUCUCCUUGAUUCCAAGAUUGACACUGAAGCUAAGGACUGAUUAUUUAGAUCUCGUGGUUUUGUCCCCUCAGACCAGAUGCCUGGCUUUUCCCUUCAGUCCUUUUUUUGUAGUUCUAAUGGAAAAACCUAAUUUCCUGCAGCGCGCUCAAACCUUUUGUGAAUGCUUCGUUGAAUUGUUUUUUUUUUGCAUUUCAUCUGGUGUACAAUGUAAAGCGGUCCAUAACUUUAUAACUUUACUCUAUUGUACUGGGCUUGACUGUGAUCUUUAAUUGUUCUGUUAAAAAAAUCCUGUCUGAAACAAUUAUAGAAUUUAUUCUUUUAAUGUUGAAGGUAAUUUAUUAAAAAGAAAAGAUAGCAACAUUAUUUCAUUUUCAAAUGUCCAUCUUAGCCGUUUCGAUGUACAGUGUUCCCUCGUUCUAUCGCGGUUCACCUUUCACGCUCUUGCAGAUUUUUUACAGUGCAAUGUUGCAUGUUUUUUUUAGAGUGCACGGUGUUCUGCGCCCUGAUUGGACUGUCAGUCGAUCUCCUCUGUGCUGUCUCUGCUGCACAUGAUUGUUCAGUUUUCCAGAUCUACAUAAAUCUUCAAUUACAAUCAGA